AAAUCGAUCCUGAAAGCUGCGGUCAUAAUGUUCUCAUCUCCAAUAUCUAUGCAACAGAGAAGAGAUGGAAGAAUGUAGUGAGUGUGAGAAAAGCCAUGAAAAACAGAGGAAUGAAAAAGGAACCGGGAAUCAGUUGUAUCGAGGUAAAUGGUGCAGUGCAUGAGUUCACAACAGGAAUUCAGGCACACGCACAAUUUGGAGAAAUUGAUGAUAUGCUCAGGGAGAUGCUCUGCAAACUGGAGGCAGCUGGUUACAAGCCAGAUACUUCUGUAGUACUGCUUAACAUAGAAGAGAAAGAAAGAGAGAAGUCACUUAAGUAUCACAGUGAGAAGAUUGCCAUGGCUUUUGGCCUUAUUAACACAGCUCCCAGUACUCCUAUUCGGAUUGUAAAAAAUCUAAGGGUUUGUGACGACUGCCAUACUGCUACAAAACUCCUCUCCAAGAUCUAUAAGAGGACCAUCAUAGUUAGGGACCGUAUUCGCUUCCACCAUUUCUCAGAAGGAUCUUGUUCUUGUGGUGACUACUGGUAAUGCAUUACAAAAAGAAAUAGGGAAAGAU